AGCUUCUAAAUUUCUCGGAAAUUGAGAUUAUUAUUGCAUGACAAUGAAGACUUCUUACUGCUGUAGUGUUGUUGUGUUGUUGCUGUUUCUAUGCUCUUUGAAAGAGCUUCAGCUAUGUGUUGCUGAUCCUACUGAUGGAUUCACUCAACUGCCAUUAUCGGACGACAACUUUGUCUUGCAGAAACCAUAUAAUGUGCCCUUGAGUGCUCGCUACAAUGACUGGGAUGGAGUUCGAAGUUUCUGGGUUUACAACCAUGACAAGCCUUUCAAGCACGACAGCGGCACUAGACCUCGCACAGAAGUGCGCAUUCAGGGAUAUGACUAUUCCUCCGGAGUGUGGCAAUUCGAAGGCUAUGCUUAUGUACCAAAAGGAACCUCUGGUGUCACAAUAGUGCAGAUUCAUGGUGCAUCCGAGGGAGCUACAACCCUACAGCUGAGAAUUUACGAUGGAAACAUGAAGUACUACAAAUACAACGUUGUGGCAACUGAUCUCUACGACAAAUGGUUCAGAGUUAACAUAAUCCACAAUGUCGAUGAGGGUAAGAUUACAGUAUUCAUUGACGGUGAACAGAAGUUUGUGGUAAAUGACCAGGGGCCAGGAGACCUGUAUUUUAAAUGUGGUGUUUAUGCGGCACCAGCUGGUUCAAGCAACUACAUGGGAUCAAAGUGGAAAAAUAUCAAACUUUUCAAGAAAUGAUGACUUAAAUUUUUAUUAUGAAUGUAUACAGCUAAAUUUAAAUCCAGUCAGUGAUGAGUAGUGGGUGUAAAUCUAUCUAUUUUACUAGCAUUAA